AUGUAAAAUAAUAUACUAUUUUCAAAUGGAUAGGAUGAAGCAAUACUCUCUGAAAGAAAUGAGUAGGAAUAAUUUCAAAGUGAUCUCUCCAAUGAAGAUGAUGAAUCAAAUGAUUAAAUUGAGAAUGAGGAAGAAUAAGAAAUGAACCCCAAAGAUUCUUAAACACCUACAUUUCCAGAAUAAUAAAUUAUAAAGGAUGAGACUAAGAAAAAAGAUGUAAAUAUUUAAAUAAAUUAUUUAGAUAAAAGAAACUUGUUUGGAAAAAAUUAAAGCUUAUAUUGGAUUUGGUAAUCGAGAUUUAUUUAUAAAUGAAAAGAUUGGAUCAAUAUUUUUCUUGCCAAUAUCUUCUAAUUGGACACUUAAAAUAUAGGUUACAAUUGCUUAAAUCAUAAUUGCUAUAACAUCAUUAUCUUUAUUUAUAGGAGUAUAAUUCAUAGGAUAGAAUAUAUUAUUUGAUACUGUAUAAUAAUGGACUAAUAACAAUAUAUCAGAACUAUUAUAGAAAUAAAUUUGUGAGAUCACUAUAGAUUUUGUUUAAUUAUUAAUAAAUACUAGGGAAAAUGAAAUACAAUUAGUAAAUGUUACUUUAGAUCUAAUUUAAUCUGAAACAUUAAGAUAUAAUGGAUUAUUAUACAAAAUGGAUGAUUAACUACCAAAUUCAACAAGAAUGUAUCUACCUAAAAUAAGUAUCAUAGAUUAAUAUACUCUUAAUCUUGUUACUUAUUCUCUUUUAUCUGAAUAAUAAAUUUCUGAAAAAAAAAUCAGAAAUUAUCUAUCAAUCAAUAAUAUAAUGUAUUAUAAUUACUAAACUAUGGGAUCAACAUUUUUUUGGAUUUUUGAUGAUGGUUUUAUGAUGUAAUAUCCCGGUGUGAAUGUUACUGAUAUCAAAAUAUAUAAUGAAUAUCGAUUAUAAAUGUAUAAAAGUAGAAGAUAUAUUUCUUAUAUUCCUCUUGAACAUACAUAUGACCCAAUUUUGAAUGAAAUUUUGUAAAGGGAAGUAUUACCAAUAACAGAUAUUAAUAAUAAAUAAAUUGGUUUAAUAUUUUGUGAAAGAAAACCAUUUACAUUAUAUAUGCUAUUUUAUUCAAUAGCUACAAAUAAUCAAUAUAAUUACACAUUAUUUUUGUUUACAGAUUAAAAUGAUAUAAUCUAUUAUCAAACAUAAGAAUAUGAAAUUAAUAUUGAGGAAUUUUAAUAAGUCAUUAAGACUAUGAAUACAGAUGAUGAUUCUAAGUUAAAGAAAAUUAAUCUCUCAAAAUAUCUUGUACACUCAGAAAGUGUUGAAUAAUAUAUUCAUAUUUAUUAAGGAGAUCUUUCAGGUUAACAAUUUCUAUUUGCAUAUGUUAAUUAUUCAGGACUUCUAGUUGGAAUGUAAAAUGUUUAUUUUACUUAAAUAGAUUUUAACCAAGUUACUUACCUAAUGAAGAAAUUGAACUAUAGAAGAAUAUUUAUUAAAAGAAAAUUGAUAAUUUCAAUAAAAAAUUAAUUCCUAUUGCUUUAUCUAUUCCUAUCGUAUAUAUUAUUAUAUGUGUUUUUUAUAUGGUUAGGUAUAUUAAACCUCUUCAAAGAAUUACAGAAUAUGCAGACUAAUUAUUAAAGAAAUCUCAAAAUUUUGAUGAAAAAUAAUUUGAAAAAUAAUUUAAUGAUUCAACUGGAGAUGAUCUUAUCUAACAAUUAACAUCAUUAUUUGCAAAACUUAUGGGAAAUCUUAAUAAAUCAAAAUAAUUGAAAAAAUAAGAAAUUAUUGAAUUCUAUAAUAAAUAAACAUACCCAAAAAAUUAAAAAUCAAGAGAUGUUACCCCUAUAAUAAAUGAAGUUAAAAAAAUUAAAUUAGAUUCAAUUGUAAGAGAUCCUGGAGUAUUGCAAUUUCCAAAUUUAGAUGAUUGA